GCUUGCUAGAGUUAAGAUGGCGGCAUGUGGGUGAGGAGGCUGGGAUCUAAACUCGAGGUUUUUCGCUAUUAGACGAUUCCUAUGAAUCCACAUAUAUACAGUAAUCGAACGAAUAACAAUUUCUACAUCUUUCACACGCCUGUGCGUGAUUUUGGAUUGACCCCAUGACAUCUAUUCACUUCGUGGUUCACCCGUUGCCCGGGACUGAGGAUCAGCUCAAUGACAGGCUCCGGGAAGUCUCAGAGAAGCUCAACAAAUACAGCUUUAACAGCCAUCCACACCUUAGUCGGCUGGAGCAGGCGACCCUAAAACAGUGUGUUGUCGGUCCAAACCAUGCCGGAUUUCUGCUUGAGGAUGGCCGCGUGUGCAGAAUCAGCUUUGCUGUCCAGCCUGAUCGCCUGGAGCUCAGCAAACCGGAAGGCAACGAUGGUUCAAAGUUGAGCAGUGGUUCAGGGACAGGAAGGAGCUCCAGGCCAGGCAGGACUAGUGAUCCGCCCUGGUUCCUGUCGGGCUCUGACACACUGGGCAGACUGGCAGGCAACACCCUUGGGAGUCGCUGGAGCUCUGGCGUUAAUGGAGGCAGCGGAGGAGGUGGAAGUGGAGGAGGAGCAGGGGGAGGCGGAGCUGGAGGUGGCAGCAGUGGAGGAGGAGGAGGAGGGAGCGGGGGUGGAAGCGGGGGCGGAGGCACGUCGGGCAGGUCGUCAACAGCAGCUCGCGAUUCCCGUCGACAGACCCGUGUGAUCCGUACAGGAAGGGAUCGUGGCUCAGGGCUGCUGGGUAGCCAGCCUCAGCCGGUCAUACCAGCAUCUGUCAUCCCUGAAGAACUCAUUACUCAGGCCCAGGUAGUCCUUCAGGGGAAGUCCAGGAGUGUGAUCAUUCGCGAACUCCAGAGGACCAACCUUGACGUUAACCUCGCCGUCAACAACCUGCUGAGCCGGGACGAUGAAGAUGGAGAUGAUGGAGAUGACACUGCCAGCGAGUCCUACCUCCCUGGAGAGGACCUGAUGUCCCUGUUGGAUGCAGACAUCCACUCUGCUCAUCCCAGUGUGAUUAUUGACGCUGACGCCAUGUUCUCUGAGGACAUCAGCUACUUUGGAUACCCCUCUUUCAGACGCUCCUCGCUGUCUCGCCUGGGAUCCUCCAGAGAGCGCGACUCAGAGCUAUUGCGUGAGCGCGAGUCCGUGCUGAGGUUACGUGAGCGCCGGUGGCUGGAUGGGGCCUCCUUUGACACAGAGCGAGGCUCCACUAGCCGCGAGGGCGAGCCCAGCUUGGACAAGAAGAGCAUCCCGGUCCAGAGCCCUGUCUCCUUGGGAGAGGAGCUCCAGUGGUGGCCUGACAAGGAUGGGGUGAAGUUUGUGAGCAUCGGCGCCAUGUUCACAGAGAUGGUGGCUGUCAGCUCCAAAGGAGAGCUGUAUCAGUGGAAGUGGAGCGAACCUGAACCUUACAGGAGUGCACAGAAUCCUUCCGUUCAUCACCCGCGUGUAUCCUUCCUCGGCCUGGCCAAUGAGAAGAUCACCUUAUUGUCUGCCAAUAGCAUCAGAGCAACUGUCGCUACAGAGACCAACAAGGUGGCGACCUGGGUAGACGACACACUGAGCACAGUGGCUUCUAAGCUUGAGCACAGUGCUCAGGCUUUCCCCGAGCUGCAGGGGGAACGCAUUGUGUCACUGCACUGCUGUGCGCUCUACACGUGUGUACAGCUGGAGAAUACCCUCUACUGGUGGGGUGUUGUGCCUUUUAGUCAACGGAAGAAAAUGCUUGAAAAGGCCAGAGCCAAGAACAAAAAGCCCAAAUCCAGUGCUGGCAUCUCGUCAAUUCCGAACAUCACCGUGGGAACACAGGUGUGCUUGAGGAAUAACCCCCUCUACCAUGCCGGUGCAGUGGCCUUUUCUGUCAGUGCUGGGAUUCCCAAAGUGGGCGUCCUGUUGGAGUCAGUGUGGAACAUGAACGACAGCUGCAGGUUCCAGCUGCGAUCUCCAGAGAGCCUCAAGAACUUGGAAAAGACGCCUAAGACCCUGGAAAUCAAGACGGAAAGCAAGCCGGAGCUGGUGAAGACUGAGAUGGGACCUCCUCCCUCGCCAGCGUCCACCUGCAGUGAUACCUCUUCUAUUGCUAGCAGUGCCUCACUGCCCUACAAGCGAAGGCGUUCUACCCCAGCUCCUAAAGAGGAAGAGAAGGUGAACGAGGAGCAGUGGCCUCUCAGGGAGGUGGUGUUUGUGGAGGAUGUCAAAAAUGUUCCCGUUGGAAAGGUGCUCAAAGUGGACGGCGCGUAUGUUGCUGUCAGGUUUCCAGGAACAUCGAGCAGCAUGAGCAACCAGAGCACUGCUGCUCCCACUGACUCCGACCCUUCAUCACUGCUGCAGGACUGUCGGCUCCUCAGAAUAGACGAGCUGCAGGUCGUCAAAACUGGCGGGACUCCUAAAGUUCCUGAUUGUUUUCAGCGCACACCUAAAAAGCUCUGCAUCCCAGAAAAGGCAGAGAUUCUGGCUGUGAAUGUUGACUCAAAGGGAGUCCACGCCGUGCUGAAAACUGCUAGCUGGGUUCGGUACUGUAUCUUUGACCUGGCUACAGGCAAAGCUGAACAGGAGAACAACUUCCCCACAAGUAACCUGGCCUUCCUGGGUCAGAGUGAGCGCAAUGUCGCUAUCUUCACUGCAGGACAGGAAUCUCCCAUCAUCCUACGAGAUGGAAAUGGCACAAUCUACCCAAUGGCCAAGGAUUGCAUGGGUGGAAUUCGAGAUCCUGAUUGGUUGGACCUGCCACCUAUAAACAGCCUGGGAAUGGGAGUGCACUCUCUGGCCAAUCUCCCCUCUAACUCCACGAUUAAAAAGAAAGCUGCUAUCAUUAUUAUGGCUGUCGAGAAACAGACGCUGAUGCAGCAUGUGCUGCGUUGUGACUACGAGGCGUGUCGGCAGUACCUGGUGAACCUGGAGCAGGCCUUCCUGUUGGAUCAGGGCAGCCAGGCCCUCGGAGCCCUUCUGGAUCAUCGCUGUGAUGGAAACCGCAACAUCCUCCAUGCCGCCGUCUCCGUCUGCUUCCCUGUUAGUAACAAGGAGACCAAAGAGGAGGAAGAAGCUGAAAGGUCGGAGAGAAACACAUUUGCAGAGCGUCUUUCCGCUGUGGAGGCAAUUGCCAAUGCCAUUUCUGUGGUUUCAAGCAACAGUUCUGGGAAUAGGACUGGCUCCUCCAGCAGCAGAGGGCUACGGCUGAGAGAGAUGAUGCGGAGGUCUCUGAGAGCAGCAGGUCUAGGCCGCCAUGAGUCUGGCCCGUCAUCCAGCGACCACCAGGACCCCGUGUCACCACCUAUUGCCCCACCAAGUUGGGUCCCCGACCCGCCACCCAUGGACCCUGAUGGUGACAUUGACUUCAUUCUUGCCCCCGCUGUGGGUUCACUCACCACUGCUUCCACUGGGACCAGCCAGGGGCCCAGCACCUCCACCAUCCCAGGGCCGUCCACUGAGCCCUCUGUGGUGGAGUCUAAAGACAGGAAGGCCAACGCCCAUCUCAUCUUAAAGCUGAUGUGUGACAGUGUUGUUCUGAGGCCACACCUACGGGAGCUAUUAUCUGCAAAGGAUGCCCGUGGAAUGACUCCAUUCAUGCUGGCAGUUAGUGGGAGAGCCUACCCAGCAGCCAUCACUGUGCUGGAGGCUGCUCAGAAAAUGGCCAAGGUGGGUGACCCAGGCAUUGCAGAGAAGGAGGAUGCUGAUUCUGUGUUCACGGAAAUGAUCUGCCCCUCGGGGACCAACCCAGAUGACUCCCCCCUCUAUGUUCUCUGCUGCAAUGACACCUGCAGUUUCACUUGGACCGGAGCAGAGCACAUUAACCAG